AUGGCUCAGCUUGAUUACAACAACUACAAAGUGGCAUGGAUCGCCCCGCUAGAGAUCGAGGCUCAGGCAGCAAUGUACAUGCUCGAUGAUGUCCACACGGGCAGAUUCCCAGUACGAGAGGGUCAAGACUACCCCUUCAUCGCAGGUUGUAUGUGCGGGCACAAUGUUGUCAUCGCCAGCUUUGCCUCUGGGCAAGAAUAUGGUACAGAGCAAGCCGCCAGUCUCGCCGGCCAGUUGAAGAUUCUAUUUCCUAGGCUCUGGUUUACGCUACUGGUUGGUGUCGCAGCAGGGCUUCCAAGCCCCCAACGAGACAUCCGUCUUGGAGAUGUCCUUGUUGCACACUCCGACGGUGAAGUCCCUGCUAUUGUGGCUUACCAUCUCGGCAAAGAAACAUCCGAGGGACUCAAGCUACUUCAUGAUGGACGAAGCCAACUUCCUACGAACCCCGUUGUGACAUCCGCUUUCUCAAAGAUCAAGAUUCCGGACCCCAUGUGUUAUAUCAACAGAUUCCUGGACCACUUUAACGCCAUGCAAUACAAAGAGCACACGAAGGGAAACUUCAAAGAUCCUGGUCAAUCUCAAGACAAGCUGAACGAAACGACUUCGAGUGGAGAGAAAGCCGCCGCUCUCCGGGAAUUACGGCCAGACAACAGGCGUACGAAAGUGUGGUAUGGGCCGAUUGGCUCGGGCGACAAAUUGAUGAAGAAUGCUAAGGAGAGAGAUAUGUUGAGAGACAAAUACAGUAUAAUUGGUCUAGAGAUGGAGGCAGCAGGAGUCAUGAACCGUCUUAAUGUCGGUGUCAUCAGAGGGGUAUGCGACUACGGGGACGAGCAGAAGAACAAGGAGUGGCAGCCUUACGCGGCUGCAAUGGCUGCCGCAUACGCCAAACAAGUAUUGCUUGAGAUCAGCGUUGUCCCAUCCGACGCUGGUCUUCAUAUUCGAACGCCUGAGGAGGCCAGGUACAACGAGCAGCCGGGAUCCUUGAGCUCCAAAACUCAUGCCCGGAUGCGAGAGCCAGCUGUCAGAAAGCCCGGCUUACCGCCCAGUCCUGCUUCGUCAGAUAUCGAGAUGGACUCAGAUCAUCAAACUGAUGGUACUCGCCUGCGAGCUCGGGCAACAGACAUUGUGUGGCCAGAGAUGCGCAAUGAGAGACCGGCUCUAGCAUCGAAAUUCGUGAAACGCAAGAGGUUUCCAGAAUGCCUCCAAGCAAACAGUUCGUUGUGGAACGCUGAAGAGAGACAGUCUCCGAUGAAGCUUCUUGUACACGGCGUGACUGGCGUUGGGAAGAGCCAAAUCUGUCUGCAAGCAAUUGCUGAAAAUGAAACCAGAUUCAGGGCGGUCUUCUAUGUUGACGCCAGCAGUAGAAAGUCGGCAAAUAGUAGCUACCUUGCCAUAGCUGGAGUCAGCGGAACUUUGAUAGACACGUCGGGCAUUAGCUCCGACGAGAACAUCUCUCAACAAAUCUCACGCACGAGAUUCUGGAUGAGCAAUCUCGAAGAACCUUGGAUUCUCUUCAUCGACAAUGCCGAACCCUCAGUGGCCGCUGAUUUGGAUGACUAUCUUCCUCGCCAAGGCUGUGGCGUCAUCAUUAUUACGACUAUCGACGGACAGGUCGCUUCAUCCUGCGAUAUUCACGAAAAUGUCCGUCCGAUGGACUCAUGGGAUGCCAACGAACUGAUUCACAACUUUGUGGAUGCCACAAAGGACUUCAGUGAAGACGAGUGGGAGGCGAUCGAAACCUUGGCCUCUGAAACGCUUGGAGGGCUGCCGCUCGCUAUUGUGCAGGCUGGUUCUUACAUUGCCAACAACCCAAACAGCCUGGUGGACUACUGCUACGACUUCCGGCAAGCAUUCCAAACAAACCUCGGAGAACUUCCUGACUUGUCAUCAGGGAGUGGUCAGAGCAAAUCCGCUUCACACGCAUUAGGCGCCACCAUGGCCCUUGUCGAGAACUCGCCCGAGACCAUCGAGCUUCUUCGUACACUUUGCUUCUUUCACAAUGAGAGUAUUUCGGAACAAAUUUUCGAAGAAGCUUGGAACAACUUGACGAUAGCUUCUCCAGGAAAGUCUUCGCAGUGGGCACACUGGGCACCUCUUGUGCCGCUCUUGGAUCCCACAAGUGCUCAGUGGCGCACACCCGGUCUCCGCAAAGCGUUCAAUACCCUAUGUCGGUAUAGUUUGCUCGUCUGCGAUGCAUCGUACUCCAGCAAGUACUCGAUGAACAAGCUCGUACAGACGAAUUGCAGGGAGUCGCUCUCAAUAGAGGAUCGAAACAAGUAUGCCUAUCAAGCAGCUUGUCUAUCAGCACUCGCCUUGGCCAAUGAGCCGGUUUCUACGACUGCAUCACGGAUGGAUAACCCUUCAGGUGUCGAUCUUCAAAAAGCCAUGAUACCACAUAUCGAAUCGUUUACUUCAAAUGGUUUGAUGGGCAAUUGGGUGGAACUCGCUGAGAUCGAGAGACGACUAGAGAUCAUGCUCAUACUGGCAAACACAUAUUCAUCAACAGGUCAUUUCAGAGACGCGGGGGAUAUUCUGAAGGAAGCCAUCGAAAUCUGCAAGGAUACCUCGGUCCCUGAUUCAUUGACUCUGCAAGUUAAUGAGCAGGUAGCCGACUGCUACUUUCACACCGGCCAUCACGUAGAAGCACUGAGGUAUCAGCCCGGCGUUGUUCAAGCCUAUCAGCAGUGGGGAGCAGGCUUCGAUUAUCUCUGGUCUGCUCAAAUCAACCAUGCGGACUCUUUAUGGUCCACUGGGCAGCGGAGUGAGGCAUUGGCAAUGGCGGAAGCGGCCCUUGCUACGUGUGGCUCGCACAACUUGCCCGCCGAUGAUCCCAAGAUGGUACGAACACGGCUUCUGGUGGCAGACUUCCUCCACGGAUCUGGAGGCCAACGUCGGGCUCUUGAACUACGACAAGAAACCGUACGGGAUCUGCAGAGAAGAGUUUCUGUAAUCUCAGGAGAACGUCUGCGCAUCCUUGAAGCAAAAAGUGCGCUGGGUGACAGUUAUGAUUGGGACGGCCGGCUUCUCAAGUCGAUGUCAUUGCGAAAGAAGGUCCACAAAGCGAUGCUUGAGCUCCUCGGCGUCGAUCACCCCGACACCUUGCAUGCAUUCGACCGACUUGCCGACACCAGAAGCCUGGUCGCCCACACUCAAGAAGAAAAGGAGGAGGUGUGCAGGCUCAGAGAAGAGGCCGUGACCUCGUGGAGGCGAGUUCGGGGAGAAGGUCAUCCUCAAACUAACGAAGCAAGAGUCAACUUGGGUCACAGCUACACUGCUGCUUCUAGAUUUGAGGAGGCUCUCGCUGAGCAGGAAGAUGUCCUGGCCAUGCGCAACGAAAAGGUGUUCAACGACGCUGUUGCGACUGACGUCUAUCUUGUAUCCGUCGCUAACGUCGCGGAUGCAUUGUGGAGAGUAGGCGAUAUCCAAGAAGCUUACAGUCGUCUGGAAGAUGGACUGGAAGAGGCAAAAGUCAUGGAAGACUUGGAUGCCAUAUUCUCGAUCAGAAGUUACGCUUCGACUUUCCUCUCACGACAAGGCAGAGAAGAUUCUAUACUGAAGGCUAUCAACCUCCGGCAGGACCUUUUCAAAGAUCAGGAAGGCGCAUUUGGUGAGGGAGAUGUCAGAACCCACCAGACGCAGCUCCUGUUGGCCAUGGAUCUCGCCAAACUAGGGAUGUUCCCUCAGGCAAUCCAAGUCCAUGAGAAACUGCUGCAAAGACAAAUCGAGGACCCGGGCGAAGAGAGCCAAGGAACCCUGGACAACAAGAAGGCGCUCGCUUCAGUGUUAAGCGCUGUUAACGCCGCACCUCAAGCGGCUGUGUUGAUGAAUGAGGUCAUGCAGGUUGAGACCAAACACCUCGGUCGAGACCACCCCCGUACACGGGAGACGGGAGCCCUUCUUCAUCGCUAUUAUCAAGAGGCCGGGGACGCCCAGGCGGCUUUUCAAGUGGUAACUUGGCUGAACACGCAGCCAAUCGGCAACGGAGAGCACCAUGAAGACUCGGAUUCUAAUGACGAGGAAGAGGACAACGUGUCUCGAGUCGGUAGCGCCCAUAGGAACUUGACACCCGUGACGAGCCCUGCGUGA